CCCGCGGGGUCCUCGGGCCGGCACCGGGAGCGGGACGGGGGCGGCCAUGUUGGGCCGGGGGGCGGCGGGGGGCUGCGGCCUGGUGCUGCGGGCGGCCAGCCGGGCCCUGAGCCUCAGCCACGGCCGGGGCACCGUGGUGGUGGAGCGGUGGUGGAAGGUCCCGCUCAGCAAAGAGGGGCGGCAGCCGCGCCUGCACCCCCGCCGGCACCGUGUCUACCGGCUGCUGGAGGACACCAAGCACCUGCCCAAGACGGACCUGGAGCUGAUCCUCACCCAGUCGGUGGACAAUUUGGGGAACCGGGGGGACUUGGUCAGCGUGAAGAAAUCCCUGGGUCGUAACAAGCUCCUGCCACAGGGGUUGGCUGUCUACGCCUCGCCGGAGAACAAGAAGAUGUUUGAGGAGGAGAAGAAGCUGCGCCAAGAGGGGAAACUGGAGGUGAUGCAGACCUGGAGCGGGGAGAGGACCAUCAAGUUCCUCAAGGGCUGCCGCCUCGAGGUGGGCAUGAAAAACAACAUCAAGUGGGAGCUGAACAACGAAAUCGUGGCUCGUCACUUCUUCAAAAACCUGCGGGUCUUCGUGCCCCCCCACGCGCUGAAGCUGCCCGCCGAGCCCAUCACCAGGUGGGGCGAGUACUGGUGCGACGUGACGGUGAACGGGCUGGAGACCGUCCGGGUGCCCAUGGACGUGGUGAACUUCCUGCGCCCCAAAACCAAACGCUACAAGCACUGGCUGGCCCAGCAGCAGGCCCGGCUGGCGGCACAGAGGGAGACGCUGCUCUGAGCCGGGGGGGCCCCCCAGGAUCCCCCCAGUGUGCCCGGCACCGGCUUGGUACCGGCAGGCACUGGGGGGAAUGGCGGGGGGGUUCCCCUGCCAUGGAUGGAGGGGGGUCCCCUGGGGCUGAGCUGUUUCUGUACCCACUAAAGAGCUGGGGGGGGGGGGGGGGGGCCAUGCAGGAGGGUUCCUGUACCCCCCCAGCCCCCCCCCCCCCCCCCCCCAGAGCUCUGGGUGACGCUACAGCAGCACCCAGUGUGGGGUGUCACCGCCUGGGAUUGGGGUGAGACCCCCCCCCCCUCAGGGUGCCGACCCCCCCAGCUCCUCCUGGAUCCGCCGCGGCAGCUCCGGCUGCGAGAAGUACCCUGGGGGGGGGGGGGGCGGGGGGUGAGUGGGCGGCUGGGACCCCCCCCACACACCCCCCAGCCAUGGGGACCCCCCGGCCCCCCCUCACCUGCAGCAAACUCCGGGAUGUUGGUCGGUUGAUGGAGCAGCAGCUCCCUGGAAGAUGGGGGGGGCACAGGGGUUUGGGGGGGAAAGGGGGUGUUUUGAUGUGCUUUCCCACGAUGGAAAAUGGGUGUUUUUAUCUUCUGCUAA